GACAUUGCAGUUCACGACAUUAGACGACGGUAAGCAAUACACUCACUAUCGAUACCAUGAUAGUCGUACCACUAUUUGUUUCAACACCGAUGCCAAAACACCCUCUCCAAGAUGUCAACAGACUGCGGACUGAUCCUCGGCCUGCGUAAAAGGGCCGCCUGAACCCACGACGCAUCAACUCAACAUUGACAUAUACCAGCCCAGGUAUAAAAAGCCAGGAAAAGAAGCUCGAACUCUUCGUCAAGCCUCGUGCUUCAUCCUCUGUAUUGGCCGGUCCAUUACAGAUUCAACUCUCUGUCUCUCUAUUCCCCAUUAAUCAUGCGCAUCUACGCCGCACACAUCGUCCUCGCCAUGGCGCUCUCCACAUAUGCUCUCCCAGUGGUAAGCAAGAAUUACCCUUUACAGACUAUUCUCAGCUCAAUCAAGACCCAAACUUCGUUGGGCGCUCGUCAAGGAGAUGUCCAGGGAGGCGGUCCACCAAGAGGAAACGGACAAGGAUCCAGUGGUCCAGGACAAGGACCAUUGAAUAACAGCCAGCAACCCAGCCAGAACGGACCUCCGGGGAUGAACGGGGGUCAGGGUGGUGGCAACGACAAUCCAGGACAACCCGAACAGGGCCCUCAAAACGGACCAUCGGGACCCCAGAAUAGUGGUCAAGGAGAUCGGGGCGGCCCACAACAAGGACACGGCGGUCAGAAUGGUUUUCGUGGAGGUAACGGCAACUUCGGUGGCCAACAGCCUCAGGGUGGCCCGCCAAUUGGUCAGGGAGGGCCACAGAAUGGCGGCGCACCUCAGAAUGGACGUGGUGGACCUGGCCAACAGAAUGGUGGUAUGCGUCGACGAAGUGAUACUGGUUUGGCUUCGUUUCGCCUAUAG